AUGGACUCCUACACGUCUUUUCGGGAUGCCUCGGCUCGCUCACCGGUUGAUCGCAACUGGAAUCGUGAUGAAUCGCGCACCCGCGAUGCCCGUGAUGAACGUCCAGAACGCCCCGAGCGCCCCGAUCGCGGCGAUUCCUUUUAUCGCGGAAGAUCCCCAGGGCAUGAACGUCGCGAACGUCGCCGAUCUCGCUCCCCAGCCACCGUUGACCGCUACGAACCCCGUCCACGUCGAGGAGAUGACCGGGACCGCGAUGACAGACGUCGCAUACAGUCGCCACCUGCCAAUAUCGACCGAUACGUGCCCGGACAGGAUUCUGGCUCAGGCAACCCGAGCGUCAACCCUCUCGCCGACCCUGUCAAACUUCCUUACCAAGUUGGUUUCUCCUACUUUGGAGAAUGGUGGAGAAUGAAUGAGAAGAUCAAAGAAGAAAAGGAACGAGUCCGCACUGGCCGUCGCCGAGAGCCUGAAAGAACCCGUGGCCCAGAAGAUCGUGAGAAGGAGAAGGCCAAGAUCCAGGCCGCCUAUGAUUCCUACAAGGAGGAGCUUCAGGCCAAGAUGGCACGAUCUUUUGUGUCCGAACACAAGAAGGAGCAAUGGUUCAAGGAGCGAUAUGUCCCUGAAAUUCGAGAUGAUUUUAGAGGGAAAUUGAACGAAUACCGACGUGGUGCCUACAACCAAUGGGAACAAGAUCUCGAAUCUGGUACUUUUGAUGACUUUUCUCUCGAAGGUCUCCCUAAGAGUGAGAGCAAUGGCAGUGGUGGUGUUGUUGAAAAGGAGGAAGGUGAAGCGACGGCUACGAAUGAGAUUCUUGGUGUUGGUGAUCUUGUCCCAGCGAACGGAGCUGACAUUCGUGACGAAAACCAGUUCCAGCCAACACUUUUGAUUAAGACCAUUGCGCCUCAUGUCAGUCGUCAGAAUCUCGAGGCCUUUUGUAAGGAGCAUCUUGGUGAGGAGGAGGGUGGCUUUAAGUGGCUCUCUUUGUCUGAUCCUAACCCCAGUAAGCGGUACCAUCGCAUCGGAUGGGUUAUGCUACACCCCUCCUCUGAAACCAUACUUCCAGUGGAUCGCAUUGACCCCAAAGACGAGGACGGUGACGAGGCGAUAACAUCUCCUCAGCCAGUGUCUACCGCCGACAAAGCCUUGGAAGCCAUUAACGGAAAGACCGUUAAGGAUGAGGUUCGAGGCGACUUUGUCUGUCACGUUGGAGUUCACAGCCCGCCUGUCCAUCCCCGAAAGAAAGCUCUUUGGGACCUCUUCUCUGCUCCUGAGCGCAUCGACAAGGAUCUUCUGCUUGUUCAGCGAAUUGUUAACAAGUUUGAGGAGGAGUUUGGUUCCGACUUCCAGGCUACGUUGAAGAUUGAAGAGAAGGUUGAAGAUUUAAGAACUGCCGGCCAAAUCCAGCCUGCUGUGAUUCCAGCACCCGCCAAGAAGGUCAAGAAGACCCGAGAGGUGGGAAUGGACGAGGCCAUGGAUGAGGAGGAAGACGGUGUCAUUGAAAUUGAAGAAGAGGAAGAGGAGGAGGAGGGUGCCAUUGAAGAUGAAGAGGUUGAUGACGAAGACCUCCUAGUCAAGAAGAAGCAGCUUGAUCUUCUGAUCGAGUACUUGCGUCGGGUGUUCAACUUCUGCUUCUUCUGUGUUUUCGAAAGUGAUUCGACUCACGAGCUUACGCGAAAAUGCCCUGGUGGACAUUUGCGCCGCCCCCGAAGCACUCUCUCAUCUUCGGCAAAAGCCGUCGCGCGAGCCAGCGCCAACGGAGACCCGUUCCCUGGCAAGAAGCGAAGUGAAGGUGCAGAUGAAGCUGAAGGCGAGCUCACUGAGGGAGAAAAGAAGUUCCGAAACGCUUCAAACAAGACGGAACAGCAGCUCCUUCGGGCGUUCAACUGGGUCAAGACAUUUGAGGACAAGCUUCUCCAGAUUCUAGAACCCCAUUCCGUCGACAUUCGAAAGCUUGGUGGCCGGCCUGCGGAUGAGGCUGUUGAAGAAGAGCUUCUCAAGCAUGUGAAGCAAGAGGAUGAGCACAAGUGGCGAUGCAAGGCCCCCGAGUGCUCCAAGCUGUUCAAGGAGGAGCACUUCUGGCGCAAGCACGUCGAGAAGCGCCAUGGCGAUUGGGUUGAGAGCUUGAAACAAGAGUUCGAACUGAUUAACGCCUACGUGAUGGAUCCUUCACACAUUGCACCAUCCAGAACUGAUGCCAACUCGAAUGGCCAUUUCCCCCCAUCCAAUGGUCAGUCCAGUAACGGAACACCACGUGGUUUCAACCUCCAGAACUUUGGCAUGAACAAUGUGAUGGGCAUGCCUGGCUUCCCCAUGGCUCCUGGUAACUUCCCACCUAUGUUUGCAAACAUGCAAUCUGGAGGGUGGAACCCCAUGGGUGAUGACCGCUCUGGUGGAGGACCUGUCCGACGAGGAGGUAUGGGUGGUGGCCGUGGCCAGUUCCGCUCCGGGCCUUAUGAUCGCCGAGGCGGAGGCAACAGAUACGACGCCGGUCGCAACCGAAAUGGCGGAUCGCGAUGGGGUGACGGUGCUGGAGGCGCUGCGGGCGGACCUCGUGAGGCCGUCCAGGGCCGAAGCCUCAAGAGUUAUGAGGACCUUGACCAGGUCUCAGGUGGUGGCAGUGGUGAGCUCAAUUAUUAA